GAUUUCGUCAUAGUGACCCCUGUAUAAUAAUAUUACCACCAGCUCACGUGGCGUCACUAUGUUUCGGUCCGCGUCGAAAGUAGACGCAUAGUUCUAGCCGUUUUGUGUUCGGAACACGCAAAAGAAACUAUUACAACAAUUGCAUUUGGACUCGCACAGUACCCGACACUUUGAAAGCUUAUAGUCAGUUGUAGAGUCACACAACGCGGUGGUCUUUGCCGUUAUAAAAUUAAUUCAAAAUGACAGUAGAAAGUGAAACUGAAGGUAAAGAUGAGGCUGUGUUGGAGAACGAACCAAACAACGUAGAGCAGCAAAAGAAAGUCGCUACAGAAGAUCCUAUAACCAAAGCGAUUGGAGCAAUCGGAAAAUGGCAGAUUUGGAUAUGUUGCAUCGUUUUCCUAGUAAAAUUUCCUGUUGCCUGGCAUCAGAUGAGCAUAAUCUUCCUGGCUCCACCCAUGAACUUUACGUGUACGAGCAACGGCGAAUUUGACAGCAAGUGUACAAAUUGUACCGAUUAUACAUACGACCACUCAGUCUUCGGUGAAACAAUUGUAUCGCAGUGGGAUUUAGUUUGUGACAGAGAGUGGCUAAAGAAUGCGACGCAAACUAUUUUCAUGCUCGGUAUCCUUGUCGGGAACAUGGUCUUUGGACAUCUAUCUGACAGAUACGGUCGACGUAUUCCAUUUCUGAUAGCUGUAUUCAUCCAGCUAUUAUCUGGUGUCACCACCGCCUACUCCGUCAACUGGCAUAUGUUCACCACACUCCGAUUCUUCUUGGCCGUCGCUACGGGAGGAACAAUGGUUACCAGCUUCGUCCUCACUAUGGAACUAAUUGGAACCAAAUACAGAGACACUGUUGGAAUCAUCUACCAGAUUCCAUUUAAUCUCGGCCAUUUAUCGUUACCGUUAUUUGGAUAUUUUCUACGAAGCUGGAAUCACUUUCAAUUAGCUAUUUCACUACCAUCAAUAAUAUUUUUGAGUUACUACUAUCUUCUGCCAGAGUCUCCCAGGUGGUUGCUGACAGUUGGUAGAGAUGACGAAGCUCGUACGAUACUAGAAAAUGCAGCAAAACGAAAUGGACGUUCUACUGAAGGAAUUGCAUCGUUCACCCAAAAGAUGGCGAUGGAAGUGAACAGCGGUUCCAAUAAAGAGCGAGCAUCUUUCGUGGCGUUGUUCAAAACUCCAAGACUCCGGAGAAGGACCUUAGCCAUCUGCUUCAAUUGGUUUGUCUGUGGAUUCUGCUUCUUCGGAGUAUCUCAAUAUAUAGGGCACGUAUCAGGAAACAUCUUCAGUAACGUCGCUAUAUCGGCUGCUAUAUUGGUCCCCGGUACCAUUAUUUCGAUAUAUGCUAACCAACUGCUCGGACGGAAGAUCACACUUAUGAGCUCCAAUUUCGUGACAGGCUUAAGCUGUCUCCUCAUAACCGUUGUUCCUAAAUCCGUCACCAGCCACUUGGUUCUUGGAUGUGCUGGUCUCUGGGGCAUGAGUAUAUCAUUCGCCACAGUUUACUUGUAUGCCGGAGAACUCUUCCCAACUGUUGUAAGGAAUUCCGGGGUCGGUCUUUCUUCUACCGUAGCCAGAAUAGGUUCCAUGGUAGCUCCGUUCAUUGCUACAUUGGGACAUAGAAAUCCAUGGCUACCGCCUGUAUUAUUUGGUAUUACGCCGCUGAUAGGGUCUUGUCUUUGCUUAUUAUUACCUGAUACUAGAGGAAAGAAACUACCAGAUACCUUAGAAGAGGGAGAAGAGUAAAUCUGAAGUAUAUUUAUUGGUUGUCUUCAUAGUAUUAGCGUGGAACUUGAGCAGCUAAAAGAGUUAUGAGUUUGUAAAGUAAAGAAAGAUGUUAUUAUUUGAACCUUGUAGUUUAAAUAUAUGACGGCUGUGAUAUAAGGAAACCGUAAUGAUUAUUUUUAAUUAAAUAAAUAUUUUAAACUGA